UUGUGACCACGUGUGUGACAGAGAUAGACGUAGUAAACCUUCAUCAGUUUUGCAUUGAAACUAGGAUUAUUUCUAGUAAAAUGGCUGGAGGUGAACAGGCGUCACACAGACCUGGCCUUUUGAAACAACAAAAUAAAUCGCAUAAAACUGGCAGGCACAGAAGCAAAAGUGAAAUUGAUAAGAACAACAAAGGUAGAGUUCAUGUUAAAUUAACAGCAAAGCGAAAGAAUCAAGAAUUAAAACGUGAUGAAAGAAGAAAAAAAGCCAACCAAUUAAGAUCCAAAAAACGAGAAGAUAUUCUGGCUAAAAAGAGGGCCAUAGGGGGAAGUGAUUCAGCACCUUUUCUAUCUGCUAUUAUUCCACUGGGAGAAUCUGCCAAUAUUGAAAAAUUGUUAAAACUAUUGAAAGAGUGUGAUGCUGAUGCGAAAGUGGAAAUUACAGGCUGCAACGUAAUGAACAUUAAUAUACCACGUUUUAGACAGAACUUCAGCUUGAUAAUCCCCCAACCUGGAGAUCUUUAUGCCGCACUGGAUGCUUGUAAAGUAGUUGAUAGUGUUAUAUUUCUUGCAUCACCUCCAUCGGACAGUGACAGUUGUGUGUCACAUUCAACAUGUAAUGAAAGAGUGCUAGGGUUUGACAGUAGUGGUGAAGAAUUACUGUCAGCCAUCAUGGCACAAGGGCUUCCAUCUCCAAUUUUCGUUGUUAAUGACAUCGAUGCGAUUUCUGCAAAGAAACGUAAUGACUAUAAAAAACUGCUUCUAAAACAGUUGGAUCAGAUGGUACCUACAGAGAAACUUCAAAUAAUUGAAAAUGAGAGUGAUGCUCUCAGGCUGCUUCAUCAAAUUGGAUCCCAAAAACAGCGACCUGUUUACCAGCGAAAUAUGAGGUGCCAUUUCCUUUGUGAAGAAGUAAAUUUCAAGCAAAAUCUGGAUGAUCCAACCGUUGGUACGCUAGUUGUUGAUGGAUAUGUGCGAUAUCAACCUUUAAAUGUAAAUGGCUUGGUUCAUAUACCGGGAUGGGGGGAUUUUCAAAUGGAACGAAUCGAAGUCCAAAGAAAUCCAAGAGAAUUUAUAUUCCUUGAAGAGGCCAAUCCCUCACUUCAGGAAACGCUGAAAUCAGAAAACGAUCCUGACCCCAUGAAUGGCGAGCAGACUUGGCCGUAUCAAGAAGAAAUGGAUGACCAGAAUUUGGAAGAUGGCAAUAUAGAAGACGAAGAAGAGACAGAAACUAAAAAGCGAGUCCCAAAGGGUACAUCAGAAUAUCAAGCUGCAUGGAUCAAAGAUGAUGAUAAUAAUGUCAACAAAGAAGAAGAUGAAAAAGAAGACGACGACAGUGACGAUUGGGAAGACGAAUGUGAAGACGAUUGUGAAGAUAUGAUUGAAGAUGAUGAUGAAAGUGGAACUUCAUCUGAAGAAGAUGAAGAAGACGAAGAAAACGAAAUGGAAUCCGUAGAAAUGGAAGGCGAAGAUACUCAUGUCUAUGACAAGAAAGUUAAUUUCGCUGAUGAAGAAAAAGAUCUAGAAAGAAUUAAAGAAGCUCGAGAGGAUGAGCUUUUCCCCGAUGAAGUUGACACACCGCGUGACACCUUGGCUAAAGUGCGCUUUCAGAAAUAUCGUGGUCUGAAAUCCUUCCGCACGUCACCUUGGGAUCCGAAAGAAAAUUUGCCCAUGGACUAUUCUAGAACUUUCCAAUUUCAAAACUUUCAGCGCACUCGAAAGCGAAUUUUGAAAGAAGAGCGGACGGGAGCUAAGCCUGGAUGGUACGUGAGAGUUCAUGUCAAGAAUGUCCCCAGUCAUUUACCAGCGAGCUUGCAAACUGGCUAUCCAUUAACACUGGUCGGCAUGUUGCCUCAUGAACAGAAAAUGAGUGUGGUAAAUCUUAUUCUCAAGAGGUUCAAGAAUGCUCGUGAUCAGCAAGCGAUUCCUUCAAAAGAACGAUUAAUCUUUCAUUGCGGCUAUCGACGUUAUGCUGCCUCCCCCAUUUUUAGUCAACACACUGCAGCCAAUAAGCAUAAAUAUGAGCGUUUUUUUCGACCGGAAUCGGUGGUGGUAGCAACCCUUUACGCUCCAAUUAUCUUUCCGCCCGCGUCUGUUUUGGUAUUUCGGGAAAAGAAAGAUGGAAGCCAAAUCAUGGUUGCGACUGGAUCGGUAUUGUCAGUAAAUCCUGACCGCAUUGCAGUCAAACGAGCUGUGCUGAGCGGAGCACCUUUCAAGGUACACCGUAAAUCGGCUGUUCUCCGCUUUAUGUUCUUUAAUCGCGAAGACAUAGAUUGGUUCAAGCCAGUUGAGCUGAGAACAAAAUAUGGUCGACGAGGUCAUAUUCGAGAACCACUUGGAACACAUGGGCACAUGAAAUGUGUAUUUGAUGGGCAAAUUAAAUCGCAAGAUACCGUUAUGAUGAAUCUUUACAAGCGUGUGUUCCCCAAAUGGACUUACGACUCGAAUGUUGCAUUUCCGCCUCCUUUAUACAACCAUGAAGCAGAAAUGGAGGAUGCCGCCAACCAGUUGAUGUCAUAAAAAUAAAACGGUUAGCACUCA